UUUGACCGACUCUGAUUUGUUCCACGCUAAAUGGCGCGUUCUGAUUGGUUCAAAGCAACUAUUAAAAACUGUCGCAGGUUCCUGUCAGAAUAAGACUGGUUCUAAAGAAAGAUCGUCUGUAACCUCUACGAACGAGCACUCACUAUGAAGUAUCUACUCGUCCUGAUCUUGGCAACUUUGUGUCUGCUCGUUAACGCUGGCCCAAAACGGCAUGCUAAGGUGAGGGGCGAUACUGGCGAAUCCGGCGAUUCCUCCCCAAAGAAAAGGGACAGUGAAAGCGGUGAAUCGGGCGAUAAGGUCGAAACUGGCGAGAGCGGCGAAUCAGGCGAAAGCGGUGAAUCUGGUGAGAGUGGCGAAUCAGGCGAAAGCGGUGAAUCUGGCGAGAGUGGCGAAUCGGGCGAAAGCGGUGAAUCUGGCGAGAGUGGCGAUUCACAAACAGCCUAGCCUUUCUACGGUGCUAAGUAGAGCCUUACCUCUUUGCAUCAAAGGUUUUGAUUGGCUAUGGCCUAAUCUUAUUGCAUCAGGUUUUGAUGGUGAAAGUAUAGUGUAAAAAGGAACGCAUUAUUCAUAGUUGAUAUUAGCAUGCUGUAUGAAAAAACAUCUACAUGUUUCUCCAUACAGCCUUUUACCUUUACUUGUACAUAAUCAAUUUAUCUAGCUAUUAAAUGUAAUUCAUCAGUA